AUGGUAAACCCGCAAGAUACUGGCCCGGCCGCUGACGGUCAGGAGCCUUUACAACUGCCUACGUCUCCCAAACCCAAGGUAGAAGGCAAUGCUUCCCCGAAAAUGUCUCAUCCUCUUGAGGAGGAUAAUGAUGGUUCCGUCUCGCCUCCCUCGAAGAAGCGUCGGCUCGACUCGGAGCCCCAAGAUCUCCCAGCUCCUCCCCAGCAAGCCGGUCUUGGAGAAUCGGCCCCUGGAGAUCAGAUCGAGGAAGAGCUGGCAUCAGCGCUAGGAUCGGGUGUGAUGGACACGGUUGAACACCAGAGUGACCUCAAAAAUCCGAUCGAGACCCCAGCCGAGACCGCCAUGACAACCGAAGGAGCUCAAGACAUCGAUCCAGAAAUGGCAUCCGUCAUCUCAAGCAUCAUGAACCAUGCUGAGAGGGUUGAGGAACAAUGUGCAAUUGGCCAGCAACAGGCCGCGGAUACGACGACGAGUCAGCCUGCUCCCAAGGGCAUGAUCUUCGUCAAAGCCAAUUCGCAUUUGAAAAUCCAGAGUCUCCCGAUUCUUGAUAACCUUUCGACACAAAUUUUGUCGCUCCUCGCCAAGUCAACAUACCAGGAUAUUACGUCCUUCGUGUCGGAGCCGGAUUCGGAGAACGGCCAGGCGUAUGCGACGAUGCGCUCCUUGUUUGACCAUACGAGGCGGGUCUAUUCGACAAAAAAGUCGUUCCUUUCUGCAACUGAGCUUGAGCUCACAGAACCCGCGCAAAUUGACAUAAUCCGCAAGGCCAAUCUCGCCUCGUUCGUGUCGAGCAUCUUCGGCACCCAAGAAAUCGGCUUUUCCGAACUGAACGAUAACUUUCUCGACGUUUUUGUUCCCGAAGGCGGACGGCUACUCAAGGUUCAAGGGGCUCUUUUCCUUGAGCUCAAGACCCAAGCGUUCAUUGCCUCCAUGAACAACACCGAACGAUCGAGGACGGAGCUGCUGUAUGAUUUGUUCCCCGAUGAUCUCGAACAACAACUACUGGACCGGCGUCCGGGAACCCGUCAGCUUGCUCCGAGCGAGAGCGAUUUCGUGAAGCGUGCUGGCUCACGUCGUGAUAUUCUCCUGAGCGACAUUAAUAACGAGGAGGCGAUGAAGGCCUUGCCGGACAAGUACCACUGGGAGGACUUUCUCCGGGAUCUUAGCUCCUAUAUCACUAAAAACUUUGACAUGAUCAAUAAUCAACAGACCAAGAAAAUCGUGACAAAAGGUCGCCAACCGUCUUCGUCCAGUGGAGAUGCACAGGAGACCCCUAGUGCGCCGCUCCAAGGACAGUUCCCGGUUACGUCGCAGACGCCGGAAGUUCCUGUUGACAGAAACAUGCACGGAGACCUUGUUGCACGUGCAGCUCGUGCAGCACAGAUUGCGUUGCAGGGUCACGGUCUGAGACGUUCGCAACAACAACAACAGCAGCAACAAUCUCAGCAGCAACAGCAACAACCACAGCAGCCACAACAAGCACAGCAUACACAACCGCCCCCGCAACACCACCAACCAAUGCAACAGCAUCAACAACAUCAACCGCAACCGCAACAAAUGCCACAGCAUGGACUUCAGCAAGGCCAAGUGCUUCAUGGAUAUUCUCCCGCUCAACCACCUAGCCAGCUUCCGCCCCAGCAGAACCACGCGCAACCACCGUACCAGCCCAGUCCUACCCCACCGGCAGGAUACCAACCCCAGCCUACUCCACUCACCUUCCAGCAGAGUCCCAUGCAAGCGAAUUUCCAGCAAUACAGCCAUUCCCCGCCGGUAUCUAUCCCCGGAAGGCCUAACUCUGCUGCGGCGAACCACGGGUACAUGCCGGGGAUACCACAUUACUCCCAGUCACAGCCCACUCAGGUGCUCUACGAACGGGCUCGCAUGGCUGCGUCAGCAAAGUCCUCCCCCAGCAGUCGCAAGUCGGGUCUGCCCAGUCAGCGUCGGCCCUGGACCACGGAAGAGGAGAAUGCCCUGAUGGCAGGAUUGGACCGGGUCAAAGGCCCUCACUGGAGUCAGAUUCUUGCUAUGUUCGGCCCUGGCGGCACCAUCAGCGAGGCGCUGAAGGACCGGAACCAAGUACAACUGAAGGACAAGGCUCGCAACCUCAAGCUCUUCUUCCUUAAAAGUGGAAUCGAAGUUCCCUACUAUCUCAAGUUUGUCACCGGCGAGCUGAAGACCCGAGCACCCGCCCAGGCGGCGAAGCGCGAAGCACGGGAACGCCAGAAGAAGCAGGGUGAAGAGGACAAAGCUCACGUGGAAGGCAUCAAGGGGAUGAUGGCCCUAGCGGGAGCGCACCCUCAACCUGUGGCGAUGGGACAUGAUGCGAUGUCUGCAUCGCCGAGCCUGCCCCCUGAUCCAGCGAGCCAUGCGGCGUUUGACCAGACUGCGGAGCAAAACCUAAUGCAGACGCUGGGGCAGGAGGUGCAUGGUGACCAAUUCGGGCAACAUCAGCAUCAGCACCAGCACCAGCACCAGCACCCACACCAGCAUCAUCCUGACCAAGGCAUGCACAUGGGACAGUAG